AUGGCAGGCGCGACGCUGCUCUGCGCACCAACACCAAAAAAUUGGACAAGAACGCACGAGCCGCGCCACUUUUUUCUUACAUUUUCUAUCUUCUAUUUAUAUAUUUUUCCCCAUUUCCCCCCUCUUUGCUUGCAUUGCGCGUAUUUUCCGGCCUUGCGUCCCGCCGCUUCCCCGUGGUUUGUGCCUGACCCAUGCGCCCGCCCCGUCCAACAGGUCAACAUCGUGUCCAACUCCAGCAGCGCCGCGACGCCCAACGGCCAGCCCGCCAACGGCCGCGUGGCGCCCCAGCCUGCGUCUAAUGGCGCUUCCCGCCCCCCCGGGGAUGCCCACAGUGAACCCCCUGACCGUGACGACCACGGAUCCAGCCGCAAGCGCCGGACCGACCGCGACGACCAGGCUGACGACCGGGGCGCCAAUCGGGAUCGGAGUCGAUCGGACAGGAAGCGCGCCCGGCGGCGCGACUACCAUUCGGCUUCGGCGAGCGCGUCCAGCUGGGAGCACGAGCGGCGGCGGAAGGAGGGGGAGAGGGACAGGGACAGAGACAGGGACAGGGAUGGGCGGAGAGGGGGGGAGUACGAGCGGGAGGCGGCGUACCAGCGGCAGAGGCGGGACUCGAGGCGGCACCGGCACCGCAGCGGGCCGCGGUAG